AGUGACGCCGGUUGUGUGCGGACAGGCUCUCUCUGGCAGUGGUUAGGAGAUUAGCUUGUGCUCAAACUCCGCUUUUUCAGCUCCGUUAAAAGAUUUUCUACCUUCUAAAGGGUUUUUUUUCACAUCUUCUCGGAUGAAAUGAACCUUGGUCAGGGUCUCUGUAGAUUCAAGAUGUCUGUCUCUAAAAAUUUCUGGUUGGUGAAUAUUUCCAGGUCCUAAAAGCAUCAGUGAUGAUCUGGAUGUUGAGUAAUGGAAGUCCUUGGUAGAGAAGGGUGCAUCACACCCCCUGUGGAGUGAUGUCUCAGUUUUCUGCAGAGGAUGAGGCUGAGCUCCAGUGCCUGCUGAGGCAGCUUCUAAAAAGUGUAAAAGAGAGAAUAUCAGGGGCGCCAUCAGUGGAAUGUGCAGAGGAAAUCUUGCUGCACUUGGAGGAGACGGACAAAAACUUUCACAAUUAUGAGUUCGUCAAGUACCUGCGACAGUAUGUUGAGAGCACACUGGGGGCAGUUAUUGAAGAGGAGACGGAUAACUGUACCAAAGGUGAUGGCCAUGUCAUUGGAUCUGGCCAGGACACCCUGGUCCAUGCUGUCACCAGAAGAACAAGGGAAUCUGCGCAGUAUAAACAGAUGAUGCAGACAUUAAAACAGACCAUGAUGGUUAUUGUGGAAUCACUAAUCAAUAAAUUUGAGGAGGAUCAGUUGAAGAAGGAGGAGAUGCAUAGGAAAAGCCAACAUGAACAGUCAAGCAGCCACUACACAGACAACUGCUCUGACAGUGACUCUUCCUUUAAUCAGAGCUAUGCCUUCAUCAAGCAGGAGCAGCUUCAGGUCAUUUCUGAGAAGCUUGACCCAAGUAGGCCUAUAGAGGUUCGCUGGGAAGCCUUGCAGUCUCUGUGCUGUGCUCCUCCCUCUGACGUACUGAGCUGCGAGAGCUGGACUGGUUUACGUAGAAACCUCUCAGCAGCUCUGGCUGACCCUGACCCUGACCUCAGUGAUAAGGUUUUGCGCUUCUUUGCAAAAACAUUUUCUUCCUCUCCACUGAACGUGACAAGGGAAAUUUACACCAGCUUGGUGGAAAGUUUGGAGAGUGACUUUAUGUAUCACAAGAUAGGAUUUUCCACUGAGUCAGCAGGUGUAGAUGUGAAUAGGCCAGAUAUCGCCCGUCUGCUUAAGCAAAUGCGAUUAAUGAACGACUUCCAGAAAGAAGUGACCACAUUUUGGAUUCGCCAUCCUGAGAAGUACAUGGAGGAAAUCAUUGAGAGCACUCUUACACUUCUCUCUCUACAUCCUGAACAUGGCAUAGGCAAUCAUGGCUCGGAGAAAUCUUUAGAUCCAGUCCAUUUUGUCUCUCUUCUGGACAUCAAAGCCACCUGGUUCACAAAGUGGAUGCAUGGCUACUACAGCAGAACUGUUGUGUUGAGACUCCUUGAACGGAAAUACAAGUCAGUGAUUGUUAUGGCUGUUCAGCAGUGCAUUUACUACUUUGAGUCCUAUGACCCUGUGAGAGAGGAAACCUUGGAGAUCACACAUGCUAUGGAGCAUCAACAGAUAGAUUCCUCUCAGAGAAGCUUUUACAGCGCUAAGGAGCUGGAGUACGCUUUCUUUGUUCACUCACUCUGUGUGCUCGGGAGGCUGCUGAUGUACACCAAUGGGAGGAAACUUUUUCCCAUUAAAGUGAGGAAAAGGAGAGAUCCGGUAUCUUUGACCGACCUGGUGGUGAUCUUGAUCAAUAUUAUGUACCAGCACCCAAACACGUCAUAUGCCAUUCAUUCUACUCACACAGACUCACUUUGUCCCACUGCCCUGGUGAUGGAGGUCCUAAAAACCCUAUGUGAACGAACUGAGUGUGCUGUGGAGUGUAUCUACCAAACCCCUGUCAUAGAGACCCUGCUGGCCCCCAUCCUUGCUUUACUCAAAGGAAUGCCGGCCAAAUUAAACUCUCCAGAAAGUAGCCUCACGCACAUUGCGGACACGCUGGCAAGAAUCACCACCACCCAGCGUGGGCUGGCAUUGUUUCUUUAUGAGAGAAAGCUUGUCUGUGCUGAGGGUGAAGGUAUCUCAGCAGCCCAUGUUAUAGUGCAGUUUACACAAAGGCUGUUGGCUAAGGAGUUGCCCGCAUCCACAGAGCUGGAAAACUCCCCCGCUGUGAAGGGGGCCUUCAUCUUUGUGUGCCACCAGAUGUACAACACCUGCGAAGGGCUGCAGGUGCUCAGGCCCUACAGCCUGCAUGAGUGUAUUGCUAAAGCCUGGAGAAAGACAAGCUCCCUAUCAGAGAGAGUCCCCACCCCUGUCCCUGGAGCCGUCACAUCAUCAUCCUCUCAAGAUCUCCAAAAUGCAGUUGCCUGGGAGGAGGUGCUGCUGGACAAUCUGCUGAACUUUGCAGCCACACCUAAAGGCCUGCUGUUGCUUCAGCAAACCGGAGCUAUCCAUGAGUGUGUCACCUACAUGUUUUCUAGGUUCACCAAAAAGCUUCAGGUGUCCAGGUGUGAGAAGUUUGGCUAUGGUGUAAUGGUGACCCAGGUUGCAGCUACAGCUCCUGGUAUUGUGGCUUUGCACAGUUCUGGUUUCAUCCAGGCCAUUGUGGUUGAGCUGUGGUCAACAUUGGAAUGUGGCAGAGAGGACAUAAGAGUUGUCCAUCCCAAAUCUACUCCAAUGGAUCCCAUUGACAGAAGCUGCCUGAAGUCCUUCGUAACACUAGUGAACCUGCUGUCCUCUCCACAUGCUGUGUGGGAACUGCUAGGCCACCAAGCUCUACCCAACAAGAUCGAGUACAACCUGAGGGAAAUGCCCACAUCUAUAAUUGAUGUGAUGGACCGCCUCAUUGUUAUUAGCUCAGAUGCAAAGAUACACUCCCUGUUCAACUAUGAGCAGUCACACACGUUUGGCCUGAGACUCUUAAGUGUGAUGUGCUGCAGCCUGGACUCUCUCCUGCUGCUGGAGUCUCAGUACAAGCUCUCUGACAUUUUGCUACAGAGUCAGAAGGACAAUGCCAUAGAUUCUCCCUCUGGUGACGGGGAGUACAUCAUUGAUGGCCUGACAGUGGAGAGGAACCACCUGCUGGUUCGGAUGAGUGUGACUGGUGGCCCUUCCGAAAGGACACUUCCUCCCAGAGCUCUGGACAAGGGGAGUGAUCCAUACCCAUGGCCUAUGUUCUCAUCCUACCCCGUGCCUAACUGUUAUGUUCUUGAUGUGACAAAAGCAUCACGUUCUAAACAAGACUCCGAGAUCAGUGCUUUACUGGCCUCAUCUAAAGACACAGAGAGAGAUGAGAACUGGAUGGAGAACUGCAGGAGACACUUCUGCAAAGCCAUGACAUCAAAAUCCACCAUUCUCACUGGAAACGUGUUGGCUGAUCUGGUGGAGAGAGCAGUGCUGCACCUGUCCUCUUCUCCAGCCAACUGCUUCUUCCCUCCUGCAGAAUAUAAAGUGGUGGAUCACUAUGUAAAGACUCGCAGCCUGACAUCUGUGGAACAGCUGGGCAUCAACAUCUCUCUCAGGUAUGGUUUAUUCCUGAAGUUGCUGAGGGAGGAUUCUGAACAGGAUCUCUGUCUUCUCAUCAAACACAGUCAGGAGUUCCUCUCUCAGCAGCGUGUCACACUACAGUCUGAACUCUGUUAUCUGCGAGGAGGCUACCCUGGCCAUGACUGGUUCGCCUCCACCGUCUUCUUGCUCAUGGGUGGAGACGUGGGCCGUUCUCUCAGUCUGCUGCUGCGUUUCUCACGCCUGUUGCCCUCCGCCUUCCUCUGGCCACCCAGAGUCUACAGCUCUGUGCAUAUCCCGGUGGAAAUGGCUCAGUCUGGAAUCCCUCUGCUGUACUCAUGCACCGCUCACUAUGUGGAGAUGCUGCUGAAGGCAGAGGUGCCUCUAGUCUUCUCAGCCUUCAGGAUGUCUGGCUUCACUCCAUCUCAGAUGUGUAUUCAGUGGCUCAGUCAGUGUUUCUGGAACUACUUGGACUGGCCUGAGAUCUGUCAAUAUUUGGCCACAUGUAUCAUCUUGGGACCAGACUACCAGGUGUAUAUGUGCAUCGCUGUGUUAAAGCACCUGCAGCAGGACAUCCUCCAGCACACACAGACGCAGGACCUCCAGGUCUUCCUUAAGGAGGAACCCAUCCGUGGCUUCAGAGUGAGCGAUUAUCUGGAGUAUAUGGAGAGCCUGGAGCACAGUUACAGGGGCAUGGUGCUUGCGGACAUGAGGAGCAUCUUACAGAAGAACACCUAGCAUUUCUGAGAGCUCUAAGAGCCUAACACUACAUUCACCUUUGUAAAAUUGCUCAGGGUAAUGGCAUUAACCAAGUACUGUAAACAAAAGAGAUAUCAAAAUCAGUGUUUUACUGAUUAAGUAUAGCAAUUUUCCAAAACAUAUUAAUCUUAGUCCUGUUCCUAAGAGAAAAGAAUGUUCAGUAGUUAUUCAUAAAGGUUUAACAAUAAUUCAGUGUCCAGUAUCCUGAAAGGCAGCUUGGUUUGUAGAGUUGCAGCAAUAUGGGAAUGCUGAACUGUGUUUUUUUUUCUCUACAUAUCUGUGGAUGCAGAUGCAUGGACUUGAUAAACUUAGUAUACAUACCUAAAUGUAUUCACUUCAAAAAAUGUUAAAAUGGCGGCUACAUGCACCUGGAUUUGCAUUGCUUUCUAAAAGGAAUUGUACUUUGCCAAAUGAAAUUAUUUUAAACAUAAUCACAUUAUUUCAUCUUUCUCAUUUAGAAAUGUAUUCCUUGAUGUUUUUACUGUUAAAUUACUUGUGUUUAGUGAAAGUGUCAAAUUCUUUUGGUAGAUAACUAUGACAAUCAUUUUUAUUAUAAAAAGGGUAAUUAUCUACCAGUAGAAUUAGACAUAAAAUAAAUAAUAAUAAAAAAGGAGGGAGGAAUCAUAAUCCUAUAAUAUCCUUACAACAUAAUUAAAUUUUGCUUGCUAAUUUAUAAUUUAUGCAUUGCUGAAAAAUUAAAAAAAAAAAAUAAAUAAAUAAAUAAAUAAACCAACCUAACCUGAAUACAUACAAUCAAAUGUUACAUAAUCAAAUACAUAAUCAUACAUAAUAAUACAUAAUCAAAUAUUAGUUUAAAAAUAUUGGUCAUAUCUGUUAAAUGCAGAGAAAUGUCUAUUUUGUUAUAUCUCUGCAGAUACUGAAAUGAUACUGAUAUCAUUCUGCAUCUUUCAUCUGCAGAAUUAAUGUUUUUCUUUUUCUUUUCUAAGGUACAAAAGACACAUCCUGUGUUCUACACAGAAAUAUAAGACAAGACGCACAACAUGCUGUGUGGAGCGUGACAGUAUUUAUAUUGAAGUGUGUGUGUGUUGGUGUGUGCUAUUUUAGAUAGACAGGUGAAUGCUCUUUUAUAACAUGCCCUGUACAGUUCUUUCUUGUUUUAAAUAUCAUGUAUAUAUUCAUUCUGUUUCACCUCAGUGAACCCAGUUGUGAAGUUGCAUCUCUGUGAGUAAACAGUGACUUGUAUUUAA